CAGCGGAUCACUGGACUUUAAACCUCGGCUCAUCUUGAAACUCUUUUGUUUAUUAAAUCACCACCGACAAUCCUCGGUCUUGCGCCGAAGUCAUGCGAAACUGUUGAGGCUCAGUCACGACACGGGUGAUUAAUUAACGAGUUUGUCUGCAUAAGUUUUUUUUAUGUAUGUGACAGUCCGGAAAACGUUCGGUCCGUCUGCGAGAACCCUCGAACAUGGACAUCACAAACUGUUUCGCGACAAGGGUCACCCAAGUGGAACCAAAUUGGAAGAUCAUCUGAGGCAGAUCAUCGCCUUUCUGUGGCCCCAUGAUGGCUGUUUAUAUUAUCACAACUAUUGAACGUAAAUGAACUUUUAGCGCCACAUCCUGCGUGACACCGAACUGAUCACAGCCCGAACCAUUCAGAGGCAUCGAACGUAUCCUAGUGCAUUGAUCAACAGGGGCAUACAUAUUGUUGAAAUUAAGGACAGAAUGCCUGUCGCCAAUAUUUAUACGUAUGGGGACCAUGCACAGUACUUACCUGCACCUACUAUGGGGUAAAAUCAUAGGCCUUCCCCUGGAGUCCAUGACCCCGUGGAUGGCAUGCAUAAAGUACCUCCCACCCAGCAUGCCAGGAAGGAGCAUUCCUGAUGGUCAAUAGUCAUCCCCCUGAUCCCAUAACUGAUUUCCCUCGUUAUUGUCAAGACACAUUCCUUUGAUUUGUUGUAAACUGUUAGAAUAGUUGUUAUCCAUGGCGUCUUCUGUUCUCUGGUCGAUCUUUAUCGCUACUCCUCUUGCCCUGGGCUACACAAACCCUCGCUCUGUUCCAAUCCCUGAAGACUACGAUGUACUGCAAUAUGUUGACCCGCUUAUCGGAAGUGCGAACGGAGGGAACGUCUUCGCCGGCGCGUCACUUCCCUAUGGGAUGGCGAAGGCUGUUGCCGAUACAGACUCUGUGAACAACCAGGGCGGCUUCGCAUACGACGGAAGUAACAUCACAGGGUUUUCCAGUCUGCAUGAUUCAGGUACUGGAGGUCAACCGUCGCUCGGGAACUUCCCCAUAUUCCCAUAUGUGAGCUGCAAGGAUGACGAUGUCAAUGGCUGUGUGUAUCCCAAGAAACAGCGCAAGACGCGCUACGAUCCCGGGUCUGUCUCUGCGAGUCCGGGUUACUUUGCAUUGACUAUGGCCUCGGGGAUUCAGGUAGACAUGACUGUAUCCCACCAUGCAUCUCUCUUCCGGUUUCGGUUCCCAGCAGAUCGCGAAGCAAAGCCCCUUAUCCUGUUGGAUCUUAGUGACUUGUCCGACACGCGACAGGACAAUGGAACUAUUUCCGUAGAUGCUGACACGGGGCGGAUGGUUGGCCAUGCUCGCUUUCUACCCAGCUUUGGAAGUGGAUCCUACACUCCGUACUUCUGUGUUGACUUUCACAGUGCCUCUGGUAUCAGGGAUAAUGGUAUAUUCGUCAAUUCGCGAGCGAGCACGGAUGUAAAGGAUCUCACGAUCUCCCGGAGCAUAAAUGGUUAUCCUCUACCGGGAGGUGCCUUCGUUCGAUUUAACUCACCGGCCGAUGAUACGGUUCUAGCCCGGGUCGGCCUUAGCUUCAUCAGUAGCGAACAAGCUUGCAGCAACGCUGAGUCUGAAAUCCCUAACUUUGACUUCAAUGCGACACAUUCUGCCGCGGUGGAUUCGUGGACAAAGAAGCUUGCCCCCAUUCGGGUAUCGAGAAAUGGUGUCAAUUCUUCCUUCCUGUCCACGUUUUAUAGUGGAAUAUACCGUACCAUGAUCAAUCCGCAGGACUACACCGGGGAGAACCCGCUUUGGAAGAGCACAGAGCCAUAUUUUGACUCUUUCUACUGUCUCUGGGAUUCGUUUCGGUCUCAGUUGCCAUUUUUGACCAUCUUCGAUCCUGAAUCGCUGGCUCGAAUGAUUCGAUCGUUGAUUGAUACCCAGAAACAUCUGGGCUGGCUUCCAGACUGCCGCAUGUCGCUCUGCAAAGGUUACACCCAAGGUGGUUCAAACGCGGACGUUGUCCUUGCCGAUGCAUACCUCAAGGGAAUUUCUGAUGCAAUCGAGUGGCAGGCAGGCUACUCCGCCGUCCAGAAGGAUGCUGAAGAAGAACCGUAUGACUGGUCGAACGAAGGACGUGGUGGCCUGGACAGUUGGAAAUCGCUGAACUACAUUCCAGUAGAGGAUUUUGACUACAAGGGCUUUGGAACGAUGACGCGGAGCGUCUCCCGCACACUGGAAUACUCUUAUAAUGACUUCACUAUUGCACAAAUGGCCCGUGGGCUCGGGAAGAAGGGUGACGCUGAGAAAUACGAAGCUACUUCUCGAUUCUGGCAGAAUCUGUUUCGCGACGACCAGGCCUCAUUCAUAAACGGAACCGAUACCGGAUUCAAAGGCUUCUUUCAACCCAAGUACCUGAAUGGUACCUGGGGUUAUCAGGAUCCUAUCACCUGUUCCAGCAUUGACACGAGCGGGAGAGCUUGCUCGCUUCAAAACAAUGCAGCCGAAACAUUUGAAGACAGCAUAUGGGAGUAUCAAUUCUUCGUCCCUCAUGACAUGGCCGCUCUCAUCAGCCGCCUCGGAGGCCCAUCCCAAUUCGUCCGUCGCCUCGACUAUCUUCAUGAUACGGGCAUAACGUACAUCGGCAACGAGCCCUCUUUCCUAACCGUCUUCCAGUACCACUACGGCGGCCGUCCCGGCAAAUCCACCUCCCGCGCCCACUUCUACGUCCCCAAAUAUUUCAACGCAAACCCAACCGGACUACCCGGCAAUGACGACUCCGGCGCCAUGGGUUCCUUCGUCGCCAUGACCAUGAUGGGUCUCUUCCCGAACCCGGGACAAAAUGUGUACCUGAUCUCGGCUCCCUUCUUCGAGUCUGUUCGCAUCACCUCGCCGCUGACGGGACGGACCGCCACGAUCCGUGCCGUUGACUUUGACCCCGCGUACAAGAACAUUUAUAUCCAAUCUGCGACGUUGGAUGGAAAGCCUUAUACCAAGAACUGGGUGGGACAUGACUUUUUCACUGAUGGACGGGAGUUGGUGCUCGUGUUGGGAAGGAAUGAGAGCCAUUGGGGCACUGGAGAGGAGGAUCUGCCGCCGUCUCUGUCAACAAGGGGUGCUCUUAUUGAUUAAGUUCAAGGGUAUGAACCGGC